AUGGAAACAGAACAACCCAAUCAAUAUAAUCCAAUUCGUUUUUCAUGGAACUCAAUUCCAACAUCCAAGAGCAGCUUGGAUACAACUGGAAUUCCAUUUGGCUGCGUCUACACGCCAUUAAAAGAAUUACGUUCUCAAGAACAAAUUUUAAACUAUCAGCCAUGUCUUUGCCCAAAUUGCAAGGGUAUCAUCAACCCAUUUUCUACAAUUGAUCCGCAAUCAAAAACAUGGAUUUGCCCACUUUGCAAACAGAGAGCUCCACUUCCAUUAAACUAUACAAAAAUCGAUCAGAACAAUGUUCCUGCAGAGCUUUCUCCAGAAAAUACAACAGUUGAAUAUCUAAUCGAAGAAAAUGAAAAUCCAGUUCCUCCUGUUUACUUCUUUGUUGUUGAUGUAUGCUGCACAGAGAAACAGCAUCAACAGUUGAAGAAUUUGCUCUUACAAACUCUCGCCUGCAUUCCAAAUAACGCAUUAGUUGGUUUUAUUUCAUUUGGAACAAUUAUUUCCGUCCACGAAGUUUACUUUGAGGAAACACCUCACAUUUCCAUUUUCAAUGGCACAAAAGUCUACACAGCCGAAGAAUUAAAGAAAUUUUUGAAAAUUAAUCCAAUUUCCACAGGCAUUCCCAAUCGUUUUAUUGCACCUCUUAAAGAUGCCGAACAGAUGCUGAACACAAUUAUCGACCAACUAAAUCCAGAUCCAUAUCCAAUUCCGAAAGGAAACAGAGUUAAAAGAUGUACAGGCGCUGCUAUACAUAUGGCCGUCGGAAUAAUCGAAGCAACAUUUCCGAAAACAGGUGGCCAUGUCAUCGUAUUCAGUGGUGGCCCAAUAACUCAUGGUCCAGGCGCAAUGGCAGAAUUAGAGAGAAUUAAAAAUGUCAGACAGUUAUCAGAUAUUUCCAAAUCAAAGCUUACUGAAGAAUCAUUGAAGUUCUUCACAGAACUUGGCAAUAGAGCCAACAGUUCAAAUAUUUCCGUAAAUUAUAUCGCGGCUUCAUUCGAAGAAACAGGUUUCCACGAAGUAGAACCGUUAGUAACAGCGACAGGUGGCUUCCAUACGAUCGGCGAAGGUUGGGCUGAUGCAGAUUUAAUUGAAACUGUCGUCAGAUACUUCCAGCGUGAAGCUCCGUACUCAGGAAGCGAAGCAAUCGUUACUAUAAACGGUUCUUCGCAUCUGAAUGUUACAGGAAUGAUCGGAUGUGGCAUUGCCAACCCUCCUGUAAAUAAUUUCUUCUCAAUUAACAACAAAGUCGGACUUAGCGGUACAGAUCAAUGGAGAAUUGUUGGCCUGAGAAGAGGUACUUCCCUUGGCAUUUUCUUAGACUCAAAAGGUGGAGUGAACGGUGAAAAAUGUUUCAUCCAAUUAUUAUGCCGUUACAGAUAUUUCGUAACAGGAAAAACCCACUUAAGAGUCACAACAGCAGCAGUUUCCUUCGACGACAAUCUCUCAAGCCAGCUUACAGGAUUCAACCAAGAGGCUGGAAUCUCAUUACUCGGAAGACUUGCGAUGUUUAAGAUCAGAUCUGAGACUGUUCGCAAGGUAAUCGACGAAGUUGAUAGCUCUAUCGUUGAAUUCUGCAAGAAAUACGCUCCUGGAGCUAAUUUCAAUCAAAAUACUAUCGGAAUUCCACAAUUAAUCUUUUAUCUUCGUAGACUUAAAGUAUUCACCGGCCAAAAUACAACUCCAGAUCUUACAGCAUCAAUAAGAUGCACAUUUAAUAUAUUAGAUCCAAACGACAGCGCAUUAUUACUUGUUCCAAUAUUACGUAGGUAUUGCCUCGGAAAAGAGGUCGAAGAAAUGCCUUUGAGCCAAGAUUCCCUCGAUCCGCAAUGGAUUUUAGUACUCACUUGCUUCUCAAGGGUUGUUGUCUGUUGCGGAAGAGAUGUCGCUUCCUGGAGAAACCAAAACAUUCAUGAACAGCCAGGACACGAAGAUCUCAAGUUAAUUCUCGAGAAAUCUCAAGCUGACGCCAAGAAUUUUGCCGAUUUGAGAUUCCCAGCUCCACAAUUUAUUGUUUGCGACCAAGAUUCAUCAUUAUCUCGCUACUUACUUACUGCUGUCAAUCCACCACCUCUACAGCUUGAAGCAAAGAAAUCUGCAAAUUCCCUUGACACAGAUUCGGGUGAUUACGGUUCAUUCGUCGACAGAUUACGUCAACUAUCUAAAUAA